AUUUCCAAAAAGCUUUUUUUGUUUUUAUUUUCAUUUAUUGCAUACACAACUAUACAUACAUAACUAUACAUACAUAUAGACAUAGAAACAGGGCUUCUUUUAUCAUAUUCUUGAAUCCACAUAUCCAAAUUAUGACCUGAUUUUUUUCUUCAUCUUUAUUUCGUCUGAAUUUAAAGAUUUUUCUGCUUGAAUUUCAACAAUCUUUUUUCUUCUUUUCCCAUUAAAGAUUUGGGGAUUUUAUUUACCCUAUAUAUAUUCAAUUUCAAUCAUAAUUAUCAAAAUUCCCCAAUUUUAAUCCGUUUUUUGAAAUUCUAACUUCUGGGUUUUGUUAAAGUUUUGAUUUUUUACAAAACCCAGAUCAAUCACAAGCUGAAACUGAUUCUGUAAAGAUUAUUAUGAGGGCAGGUUUGAGUACGAUCCACCAAACCCUAACUGCAGAGGCAGCAACUGUAUUGAAUAAUUCAAUAGCAGAAGCAGGGCGGCGAAACCACGGCCAAACGACGCCGCUUCAUGUGGCGUCGACGCUUCUCGCCUCGCCGACCGGAUUUCUCCGGCAGGCGUGUAUCCGGUCCCACCCGAAUUCAUCCCACCCACUCCAGUGCCGGGCGCUGGAGCUUUGCUUCAGCGUGGCACUAGAACGGCUCCCAACCGCCACGUCAGCGGUUACAGAACCCCCUAUUUCCAACGCCCUGAUGGCGGCCCUUAAACGGGCCCAAGCCCAUCAGAGGCGUGGUUGCCCUGAGCAACAACAACAACCGCUUUUAGCGGUUAAAGUGGAGCUCGAACAGCUUAUUAUAUCCAUACUCGAUGACCCGAGUGUUAGUCGGGUCAUGCGAGAGGCAAGCUUUUCGAGCCCCGCUGUUAAAGCUACUAUUGAACAGUCGUUGGGAAGCGUGAGUAAUCACGCUUCCGCUGGAAAUAAUCUAAAUCCAUCCGGUCUUGGCAUCGGAUUCCGGGCCUCACCGUCACCUGUGACUGCCCCGGGUUCAUUAUCCGUUAACCGGAAUUUGUAUUUGAACCCGCGGUUACAACAAGCAAAUCCGCAAAACAACGGGUCUCCGGUAAAUCUUUACCUGAACCCGCGGUUACAGCAACAGCAACAACACGAGCAACACGGGAACGAUGAUGUGAAAAGGGUUAUAGACAUCAUGACAAAACCGAAGAAAAGGAACCCGAUUCUAGUAGGGGAAUCGGAGCCCGAAACAAUCCGUAGAGAGAUCUUGAGACGGAUCGAAACGGGUGAAUUCGUACUAAACGGAGAAUUGAACAACGUUGAGGUGAUUUCAAUCGAAAAAGACUUCGUUUCAAUCUCGGACAAGUCACUAAUACCGGUUAAGAUCAAGGAAUUGUGCGAUUUAAUCGAUAAAAGAAUCGCGAGUUCGGGUAAUGGAAAAGGCGUAAUAAUCGACCUCGCGGAUUUAAAAUGGCUAGUCGAGCAACCACCCGCGACGAUGGCUGCUUCGGUCGGUCGUGAAUCUGUGGCGGAGAUGGCGAAACUAGUCGCGAAAUUCACCGGAAAAGUUUGGUUGAUAGGAACAGCUACUUGUGAAACUUAUUUAAGGUGUCAAGUGUAUCAUCCAUCAAUGGAAACCGAUUGGGAUUUACAAGCUGUACCGAUUACUUCACGAUCGCCGCUUACAAACAUGUUCCCCAGGAUGGGGACCAAUGGUGUUCUUGGUGGUUCGGUUCAGUCUUUUAAUCCGUUGAAUAGUUUCUCGACAACGAUGAAUAUGAAGGAGUCGGAAACUCGAAAGAUACCCUGUUGUCCGAAGUGUUCGAGUGAAUACGAACAUGAGCUAGCAAAAUUGAAAGAGGUGGAGAAACCGCGCGAUGAGGUUAACAAUAGUCUUCCUCAGUGGCUGCAAAAUGCGAAACCGAAAGAUCCAUCGCUGAUUAAGGAUCAAGAACUGGUUUUGAAACAAAAGAUUCAAGAAUUACAGAAGAAAUGGUGUGACGAGUGCUUUCGAAUUCAUCCGAAUUAUAACCAAUCUUCAAGAUUGGAUAGAGUUGCACCCAUGGUUGUACCGUUUGCCGGGGCGUAUAAGCCGAACAUGCUUCUAGGACAAAGUCAAACCGGUCAACACCCACGGUUACAACCCCCUAGAAGUCUUCAGGAAGCUUUGCAGCCCGCACAACCGCCACGGUUAGAGCCACCGCCAAGCCCCGUUAGAACCGAUCUGGCUCUCGGUCCGAAAAAACCGUCAGAAACCACGGUUAAGGACCUUUUGGGCUGCAUCUCUUCAGAACCGCAGAAGGGUAAAUUCGUCGAUUUAGCAGAGGCGGAUUAUUUCAAGCGGCUUCUCAAGGGUCUGAUGAAAAAAGCUUGGUGGCAACCAGAAGCGGCUUCCGCCAUAGCUACAACGGUAACGCAAUGUAAAGUAAACACUGGUUCGAGGGGCUGCGUGUGGCUAUUGUUUGCAGGUCCUGAUCGGGUGGGAAAGAAAAAGAUGGCGGCCGUCCUUUCGGAGCACAUAAACGGGACCAAACCGAUCACGAUUGGGCUCGGGUCAAGACGUGACGGUGAGGAAACCGAUAUGGGUUACCGUGGUAAAACGGUUAUGGACCGUAUUGUUGAAGUGGUGCGUACAAAACCAUCUUCCGUAAUUGUCCUUUCGGAUAUUGAUGAAGCCGAUUCGCUGGUUCGCAGCAAGAUAAAACGGGCCAUGGAAAGUCAACGGAUCAUGGACUCUCAUGGCCGCGAAGUUAGCCUCGGGAAUGUUGUUUUCAUAUUAACCGCGAACUGGUCAACCGCAAACGUAGACGAGUAUGAGCUCGACGAGCACCGGCUGCACUCGCUAGCAACCCGAGACUGGCAGUUGCGGGUAUCCAUCAGCGAGAAACGGUUAAAACGUCGAGCGAAUUGGUUGUCGGGAAAAGAUAAUGCAAGACGACAAAGGAAAGAACCGGGGUUGGAUCUGUCUCUCGAUCUCAACCUAGCGAUAGACUACGAGGAAGAUCGAAACGAUGGAACCGAUGGCUCGAUAAAUUCGAGUAAUCUCACCGUUGACCAUGAAGAAGAGAGUCAACAAUUUGCGGUUAUGUCAUUACCUCAUGAGUUAUUGAAGCAUAGUGAUGGUGUGGUUGUGUUUAAACCGGUCAAUUUUGGAAAUAUUCGUGUUGAAAUUGAGAGAACAAUUAAAAAUGCAUUUUCAAAUAUAGUGGAUGAAAAAGUAAUAGUUGAGGUGGAGGAGGGUGUGUUGGAGAAUAUAUUAAGUGGGUUAUGGUUCGGGCAAACGAGUCUAGAGGAGUGGGCUGAACAGGUACUGAUUCCGAGCUUUCACCAAGUCGACGCACGGUUAUCGAGGGAAACUGAAAACAUGGUGGUCCGACUAGAGUCUGAUCGUGAUUGUGUGGGCGGUGGUGGUGGUGGCGGGGAUAGGUUGCCCAGCAAAAUCGCGGUGGUGGUUGAUGGAGUGUGAUUUGGUAUUCUUGAUGGACUAUAUAUGUAAAUAGUGAGAGGAAAGGGAGGUAUAGUGAAACUUUUUAUAAAAAAGGUGAGAGAUGUUUAGAUUUUGUUACUUUUUUAUUUAUUUUAAUUUUGGUAUAAAUAUCCAAAGUAAUUAUUACGUUUUUAGUUUUAGGGUUUAGCAAUAAGAUCUACAGGAUGUUAUUCGUUUAUUUAUAUUUAUAAGCUUUAUCGUAUACAAUAUCAUGUUUGUAAGGGUAUUGAUCAUCUAUAAAAUGCUAUUACUAUA